UCCAACAGGAAGAAGCUGGCCCAGCGUCUGCAGGAUGCUGAGGAGACCAUUGAGGCGACCAACUCCAAGUGCGCCUCCCUGGAGAAGACCAAGCAGAGGCUGCAGGGAGAGGUGGAGGACCUCAUGAUUGAUGUUGAGAGAGCCAACGCAUUGGCCGCCAACCUCGACAAGAAGCAGAGGAACUUUGACAAGGUUCUGGCAGAGUGGAAGCAGAAGUAUGAGGAGGGCCAGGCUGAGCUGGAAGGAGCUCAGAAGGAGGCUCGCUCUAUGAGCACUGAACUCUUCAAGAUGAAGAACUCCUACGAGGAGGCUCUGGAUCAUCUGGAGACUCUGAAGAGAGAGAACAAGAACCUGCAACAGGAGAUCUCUGACCUGACUGAGCAGAUUGGGGAGACUGGCAAGAGCAUCCAUGAGCUGGAGAAGGCCAAGAAGACUGUGGAGACAGAGAAGUCUGAGAUCCAGACUGCUCUGGAGGAGGCUGAGGGCACACUGGAGCACGAGGAAUCCAAGAUUCUGCGUGUGCAGCUGGAGCUGAACCAGAUCAAGGGUGAGGUGGACAGGAAGAUCGCAGAGAAGGAUGAGGAGAUGGAGCAGAUCAAGAGGAACAGCCAGAGGGUGGUUGACUCCAUGCAGAGCACCCUGGACUCUGAGGUCAGGAGCAGGAAUGAUGCCCUGAGGGUGAAGAAGAAGAUGGAGGGAGACCUGAACGAGAUGGAGAUCCAGCUGAGCCACUCCAACAGGCAGGCCGCUGAGGCCCAGAAACAGCUGAGGAACGUCCAGGGACAGCUCAAGGAUGCCCAAUUGCACCUUGAUGACGCCGUCCGUGUUGCAGAAGACAUGAAGGAGCAGGCAGCCAUGGUGGAGCGCAGAAACGGUCUGAUGGUGGCUGAAAUCGAGGAGCUGAGAGUUGCUCUGGAGCAGACAGAGAGAGGCCGCAAAGUGGCUGAGACUGAGCUGGUAGACGCCAGCGAGCGUGUUGGACUGCUGCACUCCCAGAACACCAGCCUUCUGAACACCAAGAAGAAGCUGGAGACUGACCUCGUGCAGGUGCAGGGAGAGGUGGACGACAUCGUCCAGGAGGCCAGGAAUGCAGAGGAGAAGGCCAAGAAGGCAAUCACUGAUGCGGCCAUGAUGGCUGAGGAGCUGAAGAAGGAGCAGGACACCAGUUCUCACCUGGAGAGAAUGAAGAAGAACCUGGAGGUCACAGUCAAGGACCUGCAGCACCGCCUGGAUGAGGCUGAGAAUCUGGCCAUGAAGGGAGGCAAGAAGCAGCUCCAGAAACUGGAGUCCAGGGUGCGUGAGCUCGAGACUGAGGUGGAGGCCGAGCAGAGAAGAGGUGUAGACGCAGUCAAGGGAGUUCGCAAGUAUGAGCGCAGAGUCAAGGAGCUCACUUACCAGACUGAGGAGGAUAAGAAGAACGUUGGCAGACUUCAGGACCUGGUAGAUAAGCUGCAGAUGAAAGUGAAGGCCUACAAGAGGCAUUCUGAGGAAGCGGAGGAAGCAGCAAACCAGCACAUGUCUAAGUUCAGGAAGGUUCAGCAUGAGCUGGAGGAGGCUGAGGAGCGUGCUGACAUCGCUGAGACUCAGGUCAACAAGCUCAGAGCUAAGACCCGUGACUCUGGAAAGGGAAAAGAAGUUGCUGAAUAAACAAGACCAAAGUAUUGAAGAUCAAAGUCUUACCAUUUUCCUAUGAUACAUAAAAUAUGAUUUUCAUGGUGAAAUGUUGAGCAUUGAUUAAAAACAUGUGGAUCUACAUACA